AUAGUACUGUUGACGGGACGACGACUAUCACCGACAUUUUGUGUCGUAUUACUAGCGUUUCUUUUUUGUUUGAACAGCUUGAACUGUGUUUAAAAGAACAUUUUACAUUCGUUAUUAAAAUAAAUAACUGUUAUAGUCCGUUGUUAUUAAACGGAUUAUUGGUCUCGGAGGAAAGGUUUGAUUGUUUCGAAUUUUAUCGAAGUCUAUCAAUAUGGUGAAAGCACGAAAGUACGUUGUAAAGAGAAACUUCCAAGGAGUCCCUAAGCGUGAUGAUUUCGAAAUAGUAGAAUAUGAAUUACCACCCAUAAAGGAUGGAGAAGUUAUCGUCAAAACGGAGUGGAUUAGCGUAGAUCCCUACCUACGAUCUUUUAAUUCAAUGUACAACCCACCUUUUGAUCAGUUUUCUUUUCAAAUUGGCGAAGUUAUAGAAAGCAAAAAUUCCGAAUACCCAGUUGGAAUAAAAGUAGUAUCCCAUAUAGGUUGGUGUGAUCACGGCAUAGUAAAGAUGUUUGAUGACCCCUUAAGAAGACCAUACAAAUUACCUGAUCUAAAAAAAUUACCUACGUCUUAUGGAAUUGGAGCCGUUGGAAUGCCUGGAGCAACUGCUUAUUUUGGAUUCUUAGAAGUUUGUAAACCGAAAUCAGGCGAGACUGUAGUUGUAACUGGUGCUGCUGGUGCUGUGGGAUCAAUCGUUGGACAGAUUGCUAAAAUUAAGGGAUGUAGAGUUAUCGGCUUCGCAGGCACCGAUGCAAAAGUUAAAUGGUUAGAAAACGAACUUGGCUUUGACAAAGCUUUCAAUUACAAAACCGUGGAUAUUACGAAAGCUUUAGAAGAGGCUGCUCCGAAAGGUGUUGACUGCUAUUUCGAUAAUGUCGGCGGGGAAGUUAGUAGCAGGAUCAUUAAGCAAAUGAAUACAUUUGGGAGAGUGGCGUGUUGCGGAAGCAUCAGUACAUACAACGAUGAUCCGGAUAAAAUGUCUAAAGCUACUGUUCUGCAACAGUAUUUGGUUAUGAAUCAGAUUAGAGUUGAGGGUUUUAUUGUUUCGAGGUGGGCAAAUGAAUGGCCUAAAGCGUUUGAUCAAAUUAUAAAAUGGAUUGAAACUGGGCAACUAAAAGUCAGAGAGCACAUCACUGAAGGUUUUGAUAAAUUGUAUGAUGCAUUCGUGGGUGUGUUGGCGGGAGAAAAUAUUGGUAAGGCUGUAGUCAAGGUUAAUUAGUAACGUAAUAGAUAUAUGUGGACUUCUGAGUUUGAAAUAAACUUAUACCUA